GUCCCGGCUCUAUUUGUCUGUAGAAAACACAGGCAUUGGUCCGUCCGUGACGUCUAGAGCUAUAUAUUUUAAAUCUCAGAGAGAAAGCUUAAAAGAAGUUAAAGAAACUGUUACGGAAUGUGCGACGAAAGUUUGAUCCGGGACUGCGAGCCCACCACCUUGCGGAUGCCCUUCAACACUUAUCACAUCCACUUGCCGCUUUAUAUUUUGGACAUGGUGCGCAUGUUCCAGGAUCAUCCCAAGUACAGCUGUGGCAUCCAGGAGGAGCACAUUCUAGAUAUGCUGGAAAAAGAACCCUUUGCUUGUGGCGAUCUGGAGUCGCAGGUGAAGACUGCCUUGCUAGAUCUCACGGCCAAGGGAUUCGUACGCUUCAUCAACAAUGGAUACCGCACUUUGGGACCCAUUGCCAAGCUGGCCAAUGCCCGAUCUGUGCGCCACUUCAACAUGACUUGGCAGCGCAUUGCGGAAUUGCAGAAGGCCAACUGCACACCCAUUCUGGAAUCUGGGUCCGCAUCCAGUGGCCAUGUCACCCAGCGUGGCUCUAACUUCUAAAACAAGCUGUUAUUUUUUUUACUUUCGUUAUGUUUUGUUCAAUUCGUUUCUUUUACGUUUAUCCCCAAGCAAAACCCACACUCCAGCAGCAGCCACGCUCCAUCACCAUCUCAAUCGAAAUUGUAGGCGUCUAGUAAAAAAGAAAUUCCGGUAAAUCCAA